UGUUCAGUUGCAUUUACCGGCAUUCGAAGCACCAUCACUACCGACCGGAAAAGCGUCGGAUAUUCGGAAUAGUUUAAUUGUAUUUAUUUUAUUUAAGGUUUUCUUUGUGUCUUCAAAAUGCCUGGAUAUUCUGACAGAGAUCGCGGAAGUGAAAGAAGAUAUGGUAGCAGCCCCCCGCGUUUUGGAGGCAACCGAGGAGGCGGCGGUGGCGGCGGCGGCAGAUACGGUAGCAACGACCGUUUUGGAGGCGGCCGGGGAGGAGGCCAGGGAAAGAAGUUUGGCAAUCCUGGCGAAGGGCUGCGUAAGAAACACUGGAACCUAGACGAAUUGCCGAAGUUUGAGAAGAACUUCUACAAAGAACACCCUGAUGUUACACACAGACCCCCGCAAGAACUGGAACAGUUCAGGAGGACCAAUGAGGUGACGGUGAAGGGCAGAGACUGUCCCAAUCCCAUCCUACAGUUCUAUGAAGCCAGUUUCCCCACAUACGUGAUGGAUGUAAUCAACAAACAGAACUGGCCCAGUCCAACACCUAUCCAGUCUCAGGGUUGGCCUUUGGCGCUGAGCGGGAAGGAUAUGGUUGGCAUUGCACAGACUGGAUCAGGGAAAACCCUCUCUUAUCUUCUACCUGCAAUUGUUCACAUUAACCAUCAACCUUUCCUGGAGCGUGGAGAUGGUCCUAUUUGUUUGGUUCUGGCCCCUACCCGAGAGCUUGCACAGCAAGUCCAGCAGGUGGCAGCGGAGUACGGCAGAGCUUCUCGUCUCAAGUCUACCUGCAUCUAUGGAGGGGCCCCUAAAGGACCUCAGAUUCGGGACCUAGAGAGAGGGGUUGAAAUCUGCAUUGCCACACCAGGAAGGCUGAUUGACUUCUUGGAGGUUGGCAAGACUAACCUGCGUCGCUGCACUUACCUGGUGCUGGAUGAGGCUGACAGAAUGCUGGACAUGGGUUUCGAGCCCCAGAUCCGCAAGAUCGUUGAUCAGAUCAGGCCUGACAGGCAGACCCUCAUGUGGAGUGCCACCUGGCCCAAAGAGGUCAGGCAGCUAGCUGAGGACUUCCUGCGGGAUCAUGUGCAAAUCAACGUGGGCGCCCUGCAGCUGACCGCUAACCACAACAUUCUGCAGAUUGUUGACGUCUGCAAUGACGCAGAAAAGGAUAACAAGCUGCUUCGUCUUCUGGAGGAGAUCAUGAGUGAGAAGGAGAACAAGACCAUCAUUUUUGUAGAGACCAAGAGGCGGUGUGAUGAGCUAACCAGGCGGAUGAGGAGGGAUGGAUGGCCAGCAAUGGGUAUUCAUGGUGACAAGAGCCAACAGGAGAGAGACUGGGUUCUCAAUGAGUUUAGACACGGCAAAGCUCCCAUACUGAUUGCCACAGACGUCGCAUCCAGGGGUCUUGAUGUGGAAGACGUGAAGUUCGUUAUCAACUAUGACUACCCCAACAACUCUGAAGAUUAUAUUCACCGCAUUGGGCGCACGGCGCGUAGUCAGAAGACUGGAACGGCCUACACCUUCUUCACUCCUGGCAACAUGAAGCAGGCAGGAGACCUCAUCUCUGUCCUUCGCGAGGCCAAUCAGGCCAUCAACCCCAAACUCAUCCAGAUGGCGGGGGACAGAGGAGGUCGAGGCCGGGGAGGCAGAGGUGGGCAUAGGGAUGAUCGGGACCGGUUCUCAAGUGGAAGGCGAGACUUUGGCAGCUUCAGGGACCGCGACAACGACCGGGGCUAUGACAACGGACCAAAGAAAGCCUUUGGCAACAAGACUCAAAACGGAGGGGGAUACGGCUCAAAUGGCAGUUUCAAUGGCAGUGGGGGUAACUCCUAUGGUGGUGGUGGUGGUGGUUAUAGCAGCAAUGGACAGGCCAACCAUGGUGUUCCGUUUGUGGGCCAAACCUUCCAGAAUCAGCAGUUUGGUGGCGCUAACCAGUCAGGGGCACUUCAGAAUGGCAUGAACCAAUCACAGUUCCCAUUUAAUCCACAGCAACAGCCACCCCAACCAAUGGCGCAGCCACUGAUGCCGUUCCCCCCCAUGCCUCCAUCUUUCCCUCAGUAAAGCGCACAGUCUUGUUCUUGUAUCUUCCUUUGUCUUUUGAGUUCUCUAUUGUUUAAAAUGAAAGUGUUUUUACUUGGCUGUCAAAGCAGCUGAUCUGAUCUUUUUCCUGGUCCAAGGCUGCAGAGCAGCAGUAGUGAUGGUGCACUUUUUUUUUUUAUUGUCAUUAUUUAGUUUUCUGUUGACCAUUUUAUUGUUACAUUCCUAAGUAACUUGAGUCUUGGUUAUUUUGUACUAGUGAGACUGCAACCUGUGGGUAUUUACACCUGUAAAAGUUUUACAUAAUCUUUAUCUGGAGGCCCUGCUUGGCCUUCUAAAUAAAUUCAAAAAGGCAA